AUGGCCGGGAGCUCAGAGAAAGUACCGAUCGCCUCAGCGGGACCGGAGGACCUGCAGCAGUUCAUGCCUCCGGCCUACUCCGCCGUGGCGAUGAAGCCCGCCGCCACCGGCCGCCUGCUGAAGGCCGGGGUCGCGGUGCUCAUCGCCGGAGCCCUGCUGCUUCUGCUCGGGGCAGUGGGAGCUUUUUACUUCUGGAACAACAAUGAGAAACACGUCUACAAUGUCCACUACAGCAUGAGCAUCAAUGGCAAAGUGGAGGAGGGUUCAAUGGAAAUCGACACGGCCAACAACAUGGAGAGAUUCAGCACCAGCAGCGGGGCGGAGGAGGCCGUGGAGGUCCACGACUUUGAGAUUGGCAUCACAGGGAUUCGCUUCUCAGGAGGAGAGAAGUGCUACAUCAAGACCCAGGUGAAGGCUCGUCUGCCCGACGUGGAGACUCUCAACAAGGAAACCAUGACGUUCAACCUGGAGGACGAGGUGAUGCCGGCCAAGUUUGAGGACGAUCUGAUCUGGGUGGCGGCGGACACGCCCCUCUCUGACUCCGCCUUCCUCAGCAACAAGAUCAAGGACCUGUGCGGAGACCUGCCCAUCUUCUGGCUCCGCCCCACCUACUCCACCAGCGGACAGAGGAGGAGGAGAGCCGCCCUGCGCCGCCGCCGCCAGACAGCCGGGGCCGCGGCGGACAAGGAGGAGGAGGACGUGGAGGCCGAGUUAAACCCAGAGAACCCUUACCAGAGAGCUCUGGAGAGCGAGGCGGGCAACAUGAACAUCGACCCCAUGCUGGACCACGAGGGCGUGUGCUGCGCCGAGUGCCGCCGCGGCUACACCCACUGCCAGAGGAUCUGCGAGCCGCUGGGAGGCUACCACCCGUGGCCCUACCACUACAGAGGGUGCCGGGUGGCCUGCAGGGUCAUCAUGCCCUGCAACUGGUGGGUGGCCCGCAUCCUGGGGCUCGUGUAG